UUUGCGGCUACGCGCGUUGGAGUAGUAAAUAAAUUAGUCCAAGAAAAAGUCUUGCAACUAUUUUUAAUGAGUUUAGUAAUUUGUUAAACUGAUCCAUUUUAAAGAUCUUAAGUAUAAAUUUUACUAUCUAAAAAUAGUGGGUUAUUUUUUUAAUACACAGUCAGAUAAUUCCUUCUAAAUGGUUUGAUAAAUAAAACUAAUCACUUGCUUUCUUCAAACACUACAACAAGAAUCUUGUCUUUUACACCAAUGGACCCUUUGGCGAUUGUAAACCAGUUUCACUCGCUUGCAAAGAAUCCUCAAAAUAGAGAUACCAUUGUCAAAGAUCAAGGAUGCCUGGCUGGACUAGUUUUAUUUAUGGAUAAUAAUGACCCAGAAGUGAUUAAGUUAGUAUUGCAGACUCUACUUUUGUUAGCUGAGCAUGGACCUAAUAAGAAGAUUAUGCUUAGUGAGCUUGGCAUGUUAGAGUCGUUAAAAAGUUUAGCAGAAAAUGAAAGAUUCUCAAACACACCAGAAAUUAAACAGCAGGCAUCUUUACUAUUAAAUCAUUUGCAAGGUCGUUCUACUUCUCGAUCUACAGAUAGGGCGGCUGCUAUGCAGAGAAUACAUAAAGCACCUCCCACAUCACAAAAAUUUUUUGUUGGCUCAUCAAAUAAGAAAGCAAAGCUGAUUAUUUUACAAAUAAAUGGUUUGACUGAAGCAACAAAAAAAACAUGUGAAGAGUAUUUACUCACAGUUCGAGGUGUUGUGAGCUUUACAUUCGACAUGACAAAGUUGCGAUGCAUGGUUCGCACUGUCCAAAGUGUCACUGCUGAAGCAUUAUGCAAUGCUAUAGCAAAAUCUAAGGUGAUCACAGCUGAUCAAAUUAUUAAAAAUAAAUUUGGAGAAGAGGUUUUAUUGUUGUGUGGUCGCAAAGUUGAUAUUCCUGACGAAGAGAAAGCAAAACUAGAUAUUGAAGAAGAUUUUCCAGAUUAUUUACCAGAGGAAGAUCCUGUUGAGACCUCUAAAACAGCUGUUGCUCGACCAGGAGAUAAAGAUAGUGGAAGCUCUGGCUGGUUUGGAGGUGUAAAAAGCUUUAUAAGCAAUACACUUUAUUGGUAACUUCAUC